CAGGGAGAGUGCGGGCGUCAUUCUACUUUUUCCUUUGGACGAAUAAGUUAUGCCUUCCUUCAAAAGUAUUCGCAGGCAGGUCCUGUGGAAUUUGAACUCGAGAUAUAUUUACGGACGCUAUCCUCUCCUACACACCUUAGUAUUCAUCGCCGAGUUAAUCAUGGUUUCUUUCCUGGUAUCCAAGUUUAACAGCUACUAUGCUGCGAGACCAGUGCUCACGACCAUGGUCACCAACGCCAUUCUUGGUGGUGUAGCCGACACUGUCGCUCAAUCUCUCACAGCAGUCAGAGAACGCGCUGUUCGCAAACCUGGCGGUCCCGACCCCAACUCCGAUCAAAUCGCUAUUGAGAUCCACGAGGUUGAUCGCAGAAUCCACUGGCCCGAGGAGGAGCUUAUCCCAGACUCCAAGGUGCUGCCUCCACCAUUUGACUUUGAGAGAUUGACAAGAUUCAUGGCAUACGGUUUUAUCAUGGCCCCCAUCCAGCACAAGUGGUUCGGCUUCCUCAGCCGCAUUUUCCCUCUUACCAAGACUUCUGGCACCGUAGCAGCAGCUAAGAGAACUGCGUUUGAUCAAUUGAUCUUCGCACCCGUCGGUCUCGGAGCCUUCUUCACUUUCAUGACAGUGGCCGAAGGAGGUGGUCGCAAGCAGAUCCAGAAGAAGUUCCAGGACAUCUACAUUCCAUCGUUGAAGGCCAACUACUUGGUCUGGCCUGCUGUCCAGUUGAUCAACUUCAGAUUGAUGCCUCGUCAAUUCCAGAUUCCAUUUGUCUCUACUAUUGGUAUUGCAUGGACCGCGUACCUUUCCUUGACCAACUCCGCAGAGGAGGCUUAGAAAGCCAUACAUGAGCAACGGGCUGGAAGAAUGUGUUGAUUAUCUACAAGCAUUGAUAAACGGGAUGGAUUUGGCGUUCUGGCAUGGAACUUUACGGGCCGAUCUGAUAGUAGUCGAUCAGUGCAAGGCGUUUUGAAUGACACAGCAAUUGAGAAGACAUGCGAGAAGGGAAUGAGAGGGUGUCAUGCCACAUGAAGUGCAGCAGGUGAUUUAUCCAGUGCCUGAACAUCUAACGGACCUAUCAUGAGUUGUAUCAAGUUGGUUGUAUGGUGGAAAGAUGGCGGAACACGCCAGGGCUUUUCGGAAGCACAUCGGGCAUGACGCAGAGUUUUGAGAAGCUGCCCCUCGUCGGGCGGCCGAAAGCUGUUGGGG